AUGGGCGUAAUAGGCAUUGAUCUUAUAAAGGAUGGAUGGUUCAUGGAAAAGGGUGCACUAUGGCCUGGGCAAGCUAUGAGUCUUGAAGUUGCGGAAAUCUUGCACCAUGGGAGGACUAAAUUCCAGGACCUUCUCGUCUUUAGAUCAAAGGCCUAUGGCAAUGUGCUCGUCCUCGAUGGCGUGAUACAGUGUACAGAGCGAGACGAAUAUGCCUACCAAGAGAUGAUUGCCCACCUUCCGCUUUUCUGCCAUCCUAACCCAGAAAGGGUUCUUGUCAUCGGUGGUGGGGAUGGGGGCGUCCUCCGCGAAGUUCUGAAGCAUUCAUCCGUGAAGAAAGCUGUUCUGUGUGAAAUUGAUGAGGGGGUUAUCGAGGCAUCAAAAAAAUAUUUCCCGGCCAUGUCUUGCUCAUUUCAGGACGAACGAGUUGAGUUGAAGAUUAUGGAUGGAGCUGUGUACAUGAAAGACCACCAAGAUGAGUAUGAUAUCAUUAUCACCGAUUCCUCAGAUCCUAUAGGGCCUGCCGAAGUUCUUUUUGAGAAGCCGUUCUAUGAAAGCAUGUACAGAAGCCUGCGAGACGGCGGAAUCGUGGCGACGCAAGGCGAAUGCAUGUGGCUCCAUUUGAAUUUAAUCACACCCCUCAUGGCGUCUUGUAGGGAAAUAUAUUCGACCGUAGAAUAUGCUUUUACGAGUAUACCCACGUACCCAUCAGGGCAAAUAGGGGUUUUGAUGUGUGCGAAGCAGGGAUGCAACCUGAAAGAGCCAUGCAGAAGUCCUAGCGACGAGAUGCAGGAGAGUUUUCAAUACUACAACAGUGAGAUCCAUACUUCAUCUUUCGUGCUGCCGGAAUUUGCGAAACGCGCACUUCGUGUUUGA